UUUAUCCUAUUUGUAUCAUCAAGCAAAAGUGCAUGUAUAAUACGAGUAACUGGAAUAUUGUCCCAAGGACCCACCUACUAGUCCUACACUCCUACCAAGUACAGACUCCUGAGUCCUGACUGCUUCGGAGGAGGAAAAGAAAAUGGUAUUCUCCGCUAACCCGUUAUCUCUUAGCGUGCCCGAAUCCGAAUUCGAGAAUUGGCUCAGGGACAGUGGCUUCCUCGAAGUUGUCGACCAACGCACCUCCGACCUCCACCGCCUGUCCUCCUCCACCACCGCCACGACCUUGCCUCCAUCCUAUGCAGUUUCGACUACCACAAUUUCUCCAAUCAGCUCCGGUUUUUUCUUAUCGUUUUUUUCAUACUUGGGAACCCUACUCUCUCUAUUCACCCUCAAUCCCUUUUCCAAGCUUACAUCCAACGACUUCUCCGGUGAGACUCCGUCCUGGACACUUUAUCUCAUCGGGUCGAGUGACUCUUACUCGUUUCCCUCGUCGCCGGCUCAGGCCCGCCUCAGGGUCCACGAGAAUGUCAAGCGUUAUGCUCGGAAUUAUGCUUCACUCUUCAUCAUCUUCUUCGCCUGCUCUCUGUACCAAAUGCCUCUUGCCCUCGUUGGUUUGCUAUCAUGUAUAGCCCUCUGGGAUUUCUUCAUGUUCUUCGGUGAUCGAUGCGGACUCGAACAACGCCCUGUAAUGAAGCAGAUCUUGAUUGGCAUUGCCCAGUGUGCAACUGUGGUUAUCUUACUUUUUGCCAAUGUACAAAUGGCUCUCUUGUGUGCUGUUGGUGUCAGUUAUGCAGUCUUGAUUCUGCACGCCUCUUUCCGGAAGCUGACCCCCUCAAAGCAAUCAUCCAUCCAAAGAAAUGGAAAUCAGAGGAUCAUUAUAAAGUGAAGUUUGAUUUGCGAUCGUUGCGUGAAAGAAGUUAUAACUCAUUGCAGUGAUAGACGGCUUCUGCUUCUUAUUUACUAUACAAAAAGAAAGAAAAAUGAGAAGCGAGCACAGUUGUAGUAGGGGGUUUUCAAAAAGGAUCAUUAUGCAGUGGUGUUUUUCAAAACUACCAACUGCAGGAGAAAAGUUGUGUGUACUAGUAACAAUAUGGAGUAAUAAAAGAUGGUUACCAAA